AUGGCCAAGAAAUUUUCUUUUGAAUCACUUCACUUCUGCUGUGAUGAUGGAGAAAUCAGGAUUGCUGCUAAUGAUUACCCUCCACAGCUUGUGUGGUUAUUAACUUCUAAAGAUGAAGAAGAAAAACAUUUCAAGAAGUAUGUGCAAUUGUAUAAUAAUUUGUUCGCUUUCACUUCGUUGGGUGGUGAUCAUAAAGCUGAAACAAAGAAUGGAAUCUAUGUUUUUAAGUUACAUAGACAGAUUUAUCAUGAUACUCCCAGUUUAGUUCCUGGAGAAAAAGGGCCACAGUAUAUGCAAUUGUACUUUUAUGAUGGACAACAAGAAUUAGCUAAUCGUUUAAAGUUUCCAGAUCAGCGUGUUUAUAAUGCUCCAACUACAGAUGAGGUUGCUGUUAUUUGGCUUGAGAAUACUUCUUCCAGUGAGCCUGAAAGUCCACACAUAUUGGUUACUUGUGUAGAUGAUUCUUCUCAUAUGAUCCAACACUAUUAUGGUUUCUAUGAUCCUUUACAGUAUCCUUUGCUAUUUCCAUAUGUUGAUUGUGGGUGGACUCAAGGACUAAAGAAGAUGUCUAUGGGUGGAAUACAACAGUUACAGUCUCAGACAAAUCCAGUUUCUUCAUGUAGUAUACAUACUACUGAAGAGUUGUUAGAUGAAGAAGCUAGGCGUGCAAAUGGAGGUUCAUCUAAGGCAGAUAAACAUAUUUCAGCUCGAGAAUAUUAUGCAUAUAGGCUUCAGUGUCGUCCGGGAAAUUACUUGCUAAGAGUUGGAAGAUAUUGUGGAGAAGAAUGUGCAGCAAAUGUUGAAAGACGAGUUAUAUUGCCUGCAACGUUUAUAGGUGGCCCUCGAGAUUUGAAGAAGAGAUAUCUGAAUGCGAUGUCAUUAGUUCAAAGGUUUGGAAAGCCUGAUUUAUUUAUAACAAUGACAUGCAAUCCUAAUUGGCCAGAAAUAAAACAAGAACUUGCUGCUAGAGAAGAAGCACAAAAUAAGCCAGAUAUCGUUUCAAGAGUUUUUAGGGCAAAGACUUUUGAUGACUUUGAUAAGUUUGUUUGUGCUAAAAAACCAUCUUAUGAAAAUGGAUAUUUAAGAGAGAUUGUGAUCAAGCAUAUGAUGCAUGGUCCAUGUGGUUAUCUUAAUCCAGAAUGCCCUUGUAUGAAACAUAAAGAACAACGUGGACAUUGUAAGUAUGGUUAUCCAAAGAAAAAUUGUGAAGAGACAAAAAGUAACAGUGAUGGAUAUCCUUUGUAUCGAAGGAGAGCUACGUGUGAUACUGUCAAAGUUCGGAGUGUUGAAAUGGAUAAUUCAUGGGUGAUUCCGUAUAAUCCAUAUCUUUUAGCUUAUUUCAAUUGUCACUUAAAUGUUGAAGUUUGUUCAACUAUUGAAGCAGUGAAGUAUCUGUAUAAGUAUGUUUAUAAAGGCCAUGACAAGAUAUCUUUUAAUAUUGUCCAAACAAAAGACGGAGUUCCCAUGCAAGAUGAAAUUGAACAGUAUCAGUCAGGACGAUGGGUUUCACCCUGUGAGGCUGCGUGGUGUCUUUUUGGUUUUUAUUUAUAUGAAAUGUAUCCUUUAGUUUUACCUCUUCCUGUUCACUUGCCUAAUUCUCAGCUGAUACAGAUGAGACCUCACGAACAACUGACAUCUAUUGUUUCAGAUGCUAAGCGUACUAGAACCUGUUUAACAGAGUUUUUCGAAAUGAAUUGUAAAUCAGCUUUGGGAACAGGAAUGGCUAUAUAG